UCACCAAUAAAUAAUUAAAUUACAGGGCCUCUUGAAACUGUCGCGCUAUGGCAACAACCAGAAGGUAGACAACGAUGAGUGCUAGUAUUACGCAACCGUUGUCCCAAGUAAUUCUUCUCAAAGGGGAUGCGAUGCGCGCAGUUCGGACAAAGGCCCUUUGACGAAAUAACUCUUGCCGUUGUAUUACCCGGCUUGAGGAUUUAAAAGAUUUAUUGGCAUCAAUGAAAUGCUCUCACAAUGUGCUGCAUAUUUACAUGGAUGGCCUGGUGCUUCGAUGCAUCGCACAGGGUCGUGGUUUUCAUCAUGGCGUGCCUCAUCAGCUCGUCCGUUUGCUGCUUGCUACUCACAGCUUCACUGGCAGGCGUUGCCAUGGGUUAUAAUUACUCAUUAGCUGAGUACAUCGACCUCAAAGAGACCAACAUAUCCGUGUAUAUCAAGCGAGGUGUUUACGAUGACGAGAUAGCUGAUGACUUCGACUGGCGACGAGCGGGCGGCGGAGAACCGAGCAUUUCUCUCAAGGACAGCUCAGGCCAGAGAAUAUCACCCGGAGUUCAAGAAGGCGAGCAGCCUCUAGCGGCCGGUCGUCGCCGAUCGGGCAACUCCAUAUUUGAGUCGGACGAUCAACACAAAUACGAAGGCAGCCUCAUGCGACUCACGUCUAUGGCGGCCGGAGAGACUGUACGAAGAUUUGAACCUCCAGCGCCACCUUACACCACUAGUCGAACGACGACUCCGAAUGUAGUCGAUGCUUUGCUGCAAGUUGCCGACAGCAUGCCAGGCGGUUCUGUAGAACGAUUGAGAGCUAUUCAAGCAGCAGCAAGGCACCAUGAAUCUCGCAAAAUUGAAUUGGCUACCGCUAAGAUUCCCGAGGAUCCGUUAGAUCGAGUAAAGGCCAUAGAAGCUAAUGCUCAAAUACACAAUGCCAGGAGAAACGACCCGACCACAACGACGGAUAAGUACGCCAAAUAUUUCGGGCAGUUAGCGAAGCAUCCUGGUUUCCCAGGCUCCGGACUAAGUGCCAGGAAGUUCAUGGAAAGCAACGAUAAGGACGUCUUGGACACACCCCCGCCUAAUCGUUUUAGAGACGCAGUGUUCCGCGGGGACCUUUCAGGCUGGCCUUCAGCGGAUUCUUCUAAAACUUCGACAGCCGAAAAUUUCUUCGAUUACGAAGUUAGCCACAAGUCUUCAGCACUAACACCGCCAUCAAUAAGGCCAUUACUCGUUCGUCCGUUAGAAAAUAAAAUGCAGCAGAUUAUGUGGGAUACGCCGAAACCAAAAAGUCCGAUUAAACAAACCCAAACUGAUUCCAAGGAAUACGGGAAUGAUAAGUAA